GUUGUUUUCACACUUUUUUACUUAUGCCUCGAUUGGCGUCCCAUAUGAUAUUUAUCCAUUCCGUCUAACAAUCGAAGAUCAUCCCUGUUUAUACUUGAGCUCGAGUUAAUCCAAAUAAUCAAAGGAAAAAAAGUUUGAAUAACAUUUUAGCCUUUUAAAUUUCUGAAACUCAAAAUUAAAAAAUGUCGGAGUCUUCGCAAUUUGAUGCUGAUCGUGUUCUUGCUCACAAAUUCCCAGAGACAACAUAUGUUUACUCUGAAAGAGAUGCAGCAGUUUAUGCUUUGGGAAUUGGAGCUUGUGGUCGUGAUGCUAUUGAUAAGGACGAGCUUAAAUAUGUUUAUCAUGAAAACGGUCAGCAAUUUAUCAAGGUUUUACCAACAUUUGCUGCAUUGUUUUCGCUCGGAUCAUUGUCAACUGGUUUAGAUUUGCCAGGCUUGCAAUAUGAUCCGCGUCUUUUGCUGCAUGGACAGCAAUAUAUAGAAAUUUACAAGCCAUUUCCUUCAAGUGCAUCUAUGCAUAACAAAGUUAGUCUUGCUGGACUGCACGACAAAGGUAAAGCAGCUAUUGUUGAAAUUGAAACAAAAAGUUACGAGAAAGAAUCGGGUGAAUUGUUGUGCAUGAAUAGGUCUACUGUUUAUCUUCGAGGUGCUGGUGGCUUCUCAAACUCCACUUCCCCAUUUUCUUAUUCCAAUUAUCCCUCCAAUCAGGUUCCUGCUGUAAAAAUUCCCAAAACUCGGCCUUUUGCGGUUUAUGAGGAUGUUAUUCAGCCUUCUCAGGCCUUGCUAUAUAGGCUAUCUGGCGAUUACAAUCCUCUGCAUUCAGAUCCUAUGGUUGCUACAGUUGCAGGAUUCUCGCGUCCAAUAUUGCAUGGGCUGUGCUCACUUGGAUUUGCAGUUAGGGCAAUCAUCAAAUGCAUUUGCAGAGGAGAUCCAAGCAUUAUUAAAACCAUAUCAGGGAGAUUCCUUUUACAUGUGUAUCCUGGUGAAACUUUGAUCACUGAAAUGUGGCUUGAAGGCUUGAGGGUCAUAUACCAGGCGAAGAUAAAAGAAAGAAAUCGAGCAGUGCUAUCUGGCUUUGUGGAUCUCCAUCACUUAGCAUCAUCUUUGUAAAUUUGUUCUAAAACUAUUACUAAUAAAGAGCGUUUCAUUCAAAAUAAAAUUGUAAAAUAAUGAUCAUUGUUGAUCAAAUAGCUUUAAUUUUUUCUCUUCAUAUACUAUAAAAUACUUGAAUAGUGAUUGAUAGAUUCAGUAGCAGGUUUGUUA